CGGUGUGGAGUCCGGAGACAACGUGCAGGUAGGAGGCCCGGACGCGGACAAUCGGGGGGCAUCCUUCGGCAAGGGGGCCCUGUGGGGCUGGAGACGCGAGCUGGGGUCUUUCCGUGGGAACCGAGUUAGGUGCCGGGCAAGAGACGCGCGGCUGGCCCACUUGGAUGCUAGCCAACUCGGGAUCGAGUUCGCGCCUGGUUUCGGAAGGCGGCAGUCUUGCUUCAGGGAGGAGCUGGUGAAGUAAGGAAAUGGCACCUCGAAAGGGGAAGGAAAAGAAGGAAGAACAGGUCAUCAGCCUUGGACCUCAGGUGGCUGAAGGAGAGAAUGUAUUUGGUGUCUGCCAUAUCUUUGCAUCCUUCAAUGACACUUUUGUCCAUGUCACUGAUCUUUCCGGCAAAGAAACCAUCUGCCGUGUGACUGGUGGGAUGAAGGUGAAGGCAGACCGAGACGAAUCCUCGCCGUAUGCUGCUAUGUUGGCUGCCCAGGAUGUGGCCCAGAGGUGCAAGGAGCUGGGUAUCACUGCCCUACACAUCAAACUCCGGGCCACAGGAGGAAAUAGGACCAAGACCCCUGGACCUGGAGCCCAGUCGGCCCUCAGAGCCCUUGCCCGCUCGGGUAUGAAGAUCGGGCGGAUUGAGGACGUCACCCCCAUCCCCUCUGACAGCACCCGCAGGAAGGGGGGUCGCCGUGGUCGCCGUCUGUGAACAAGACUCCUCAAAAUGUUUUCUGUUAAUAAAUUGCCUUCAUGUAAA